AUGGCUGCCCAAGACGAGCAGCAGCGGCCGCUGCACAUCCUCUUCUUCCCGUUCCUAGCCCCCGGCCACCUCAUUCCAAUAGCCGACAUGGCCGCGCUCUUCGCCGCCCGUGGUGUCAGGUGCACCAUCCUCACAACGCCCGUCAACGCAGCCAUCAUCCGCUCGGCCGUCGACCGUGCCAAUGACGCUCUCGCUGGCCCGGCCAUUGAUAUCUCCGUCGUGCCGUUUCCUGACGUCGGGCUCCCGCCGGGCGUCGAGAACGGCAUGGCCCUUAGAUCCCAGGGCGACCGCGACAAGUUCGCUCGAGCGGUGCAGCUGCUCCGCGAGCCCUUCGAACACUUCUUGGUUCACAACCACCCCGACGCGGUCGUGGCCGGCAGCUACUUCCACUGGUCCGCCGACGCUGCCGCGGAGCACGGUGUCCCACGCCUCACCUUCCUCGGUAGCAGCAUGUUCGCGCGGUCCUGCAGCGAGAGCAUGCUGCGCAACAACCCAUUGGCUACUGUCCCCGACGACCCCGACGCGCUCGUUUCCCUGCCGGGGCUGCCGCACCGUGUCGAGCUGAGGCGGAGCCAAGUGAUGGACCCCGUGAAGCAGGCAGACCACUGGGCAUUCUUCCAGAGCGUGAACGCCGCGGACCAGAGGAGCUUCGGCGAGGUUUUUAAUAGCUUCCAUGAGCUGGAGCCGGACUACGUCGAGCACUACCACACGACCCUUGGUCGGCGCGCGUGGCUCGUCGGGCCGGUAGCACUCGCCAGCAAGGACAUGGCUGGGAGAGGCACCGACGCGCUCUCACCGGACUCGGACAACUGCCCUGGGUGGCUGAACACGAAGCCUGCUGGCUCGGUGGUGUACGUCUCCUUCGGCACACUGAUCAGGUUCUCGCCGCCGGAGCUGCACCAGCUCGCCCGCGGCCUCGAACUCUCAGGCAGAAAUUUCAUGUGGGUGACGGGCGCCGCAGGCCCGGACCCUUCAGAGUGGAUGCCUGAAGGCUUCACCGAGCUGAUGGCACGCGGCGACCGCGGGUUCAUCAUCCGAGGCUGGGCGCCACAGCUGCUCAUUCUGAACCACCCUGCCAUUGGUGGGUUCGUGACGCACUGUGGUUGGAACUCGACGCUUGAGGCCGUGAGCGCCGGUGUGCCGAUGGUCACGUGGCCGCGGUAUGCAGAUCAGUUCAGCAACGAGAAGCUUAUUGUGGAAGUGCUCAAGGUGGGCGUCAGCAUCGGCGCCAAGGACUACGCAUCGUCCGUGGAGACUCACCAGGUGAUCGGCGGUGAAGUAAUCGCUGAAUCCAUCGGAAGAUUGAUGAGCAACAACGAGGAGGGCGGUGCCAUAAGAAAGAAGGCCAAGGACCUCAGUGUGAAGGCAAGGACCGCGGUGGAGAAUGGUGGAUCUUCGUACAAUGAUGUUGGCCAGCUGAUGGACGAGUUGACGGCCCGCCGGAGUUCCAAGAAGGUUGGAGAAAUGUAA